AUGGAUCCAAAUGACAAAGGCAAAGCAGCUGCGAAAUCCGAAGAACAACCACCGCAGUUGAAGCAACUAGUUUCUGCACUCACUCCGCUACGGGUUCCAGUACAAGAACAUGCAUCGUCUUCAUCGACAUCACCAUCGACGCGAACACUUUCUCCACUCGACUCUCCACUACGCCUUCGCGACCCAGCAUCAUCAUCUUUAUCGACGAUGCAAUUCACUCCUGCAGCCGAAUCUCCAGUAAAGCGUAUGUUACGACAACAAGCGUCAUUGUCGCCAACAAAGGAAAAAGUUCAAGAAUCCAGGGAGUCUUCGCCACGAAGAGCGCCUUAUAGCCGUCCUCAAGUUCUGCCGCACCCAGAUCAUGAGCAGCAUUAUGACCAUCAGCAUCAUAAUGAGAAUGAGCAGCAUGAUGAGGAAGGUGUGGUUUAUUGUUACAUCUGUUCACGUACUGAAGCAUCAUCAGCACCAGCAUCACCAUUCAUCCUUUUGAGGCCAUUUGCUGAAUAUACAAUAAUUUUCAGUGAAGCAAAGAUAGGAUUUUCAUUUUUUCAGGGUGAGGAAACCGGAUAUGAAGAGGUUCAGGUGGAAGAAGGUUUGGUGGAAGUUGAGUCCUUUCUUAAAGGUGAAAAUGAAGACAUGAUGGUUGGAAACUCCGGUCUAAAGGAAGUUAUGUGGAGGAUGGGUACAUGCUUAACUUGGAGGUUUGCACUUGUGCUUGAGGGGAGUGAUGUUGGUGGGAACUCUAACCUAUGUGGCCAAUCUAGUGAGUCGGAGGUAAGAGUGACUGAUCAUCCUGAUACGUUGUUCUAUAUGAGGGAUAAUGAUACGGAUCCUAUUGCUGGCCCAACUACACAGCCCAUUACACAACCCACCGACGACAACACUAGGCCUAAGCGAACCAAGAGACAUCCAGCAAAAUUUCAUAACCAUCUCAUUUACAAAUAG